AUGAAGCCCGUCAUUUCCAACAUCAAACUCCCCAUGUCCGGUCGUCAGCUGCCCAUCUGGCCGGUGUCUCCGGUCGUCAAGACUUCCGAUUCCCUCGGCGGCGAACCAUUGCCCAUCUACACCACCACCUCCACGCCUGUUCGUUCGGGGAUGGCAACGAUCAGCCGUCUGAAGUUGACCGAGGACGUCAAGGGCAAGGAGAAGAAGGAGGAUGACAAGAAAGCGGAAAAGGACGCUGAUGAGAAGACUGACAGCCGUCUUCCAGGAACCCCCGUGGCCGCCCUCGGAACUUUCCACUGGAACGUC